AUGAUCGUUUCCCGCCAGCGAUCCCAUCAGGACCUACGCGAUUGCUGCGCGGGGACAGUUGCGCUCCUUGCGCUCAUCGCUGCCCUUUCCGCAACUUGCCCAGCAUCCGCGCAGUAUCUCUUCCCCGCCAUCCCCGCGCCCCCUCCCCCGAACACUUCCGACGCUGCUUCCGCCACAGCCGCUUCCGCUGCCCCCUUCCCAAACGGGCAACACAAUAACGGGGCGGACAAUAACGAGGACGCGCUACCAGUGGUGACUAUAGCGGGGCCUCGGUUAUGGGAAGUACCCGGGCGACAGCCCGAAAAAACCGCUUCACUAUCUGCUGCCACGUCAGCAGCCACAACCGCUGCCACGUCAGCGACAGGUUCGUCUGGGUCAACUAGACGACCCAGUGGCGAGGAACUCUAUAUCGUGUAUUUCAGAAACGUGCCGUCCGUUAUAGACUACAAGGGCGGCAUUCCGGGGUUUGCUGCUACAGCCGCUCCUGCUACAGACGACGGUCUUACUGCCUCCGCUGCUACAGCCGCUACAGAUGAUGAUGAUGGUGGUGACGUGGAAAGCUUGGAGGCUGGAUACGAUUCGGAUGCUACAGGGGCCCCGUAUGCUACAGGUGGUGCUGCUGGCGGAGGCGGAAGCUACCGCUAUGUGUUGAACGGAGUGAGUGUGAAGCUCACUCGCUCAGAGGCCCACCGGCUGCAGCGGCACGAGUCAGUAUUGAAAGUGGAGCGAUCCCGGACUGUCUCAGUUCAAACCAUCCACACGCCGCAGUUCCUGCAGCUGCCCUCGCGUGUGUGGCCGAGCGUGGGCGGGAGGAGCAGGGCAGGGAACGGCAUGAUCAUUGGGAUUGUGGAUACGGGCAUCUGGCCUGAACACCCCAGCUUCAGCGAUAAGGGCUAUUCCCCCGUCCCCCCGCGCUGGCGAGGCACGUGCAUGACGACAUCCGACUUCAAGGGCUGCAGCAGGAAGAUCAUCGGCGCGCGCUACUUUGCCGAGGGGCUCGUGGCGUCUGGGGGCGCUGUGGACCCAUCCACUGAAUACCUGUCUCCCAGAGACGCCAGUGACCACGGCACGUGGUGUGCGGGAGCUGCAGCCGGAAAUCCGGUAAAAGUUUCCGGAGGAGGGGUGCAGUUCGGUACGGCCAGUGGAAUGGCGCCCAGAGCACGGAUAGCAGUCUACAAGGCCAUCUGGGUGCAGGGCAAGCUGGCCGUCGGAUCGGAUUCGGACGUGUUUGCAGCCGUUGAUCGCGCGGUGGCGGACGGUGUGGAUGUGCUGUCCAGCAUGUCCGUGGCGAUCAACGAGGAGACCUACUUCAAGCAUCUGGCCAUGUUAAGGGCUGCGAGGGCAGGGGUGUUUGUAGCGUUGGUGGCAGGCAACAGCGGGCCCCCACCUGGGACCCCCAAGCUUUAUCGCACCCUCACCAACCUAUCGCCUUACUACAUCACCGUUGCUGCCAGCACGUCCAGCCAAGCCUGGCCGCCCCAAGCCAGGCUGGCGCUGGGCAACAGGCAGAGCUACCUGGGGGAGACGCUUCUGGGCGGCAGCACUGCCACGCGCCAGCUCCCUCUGGUGGACGCCAAGACAGCCGCUGCUGCCGGGUACACGGCUUCCCAGGCUGAGGCCUGCAUGCCCACUGCCACGCGCCAGCUCACUCUGGUGGGCGCCAAGACAGCCGCUGCUGCCGGGUGCACUGCCUCCCAGGCAGAAGCCUGCGUGGCGUACUCGCUCUCGCCCUCCAAGGUGCGCGGCAACAUCGUGGUGUGCUGCACGGGGUUCUCCUAUGCGAGCGAGAAGGCGGCGGAGGUUGCGAGAGUGGGCGGGCGGGCGAUCAUCGUGGUGCCGUACGCCAAUGGGGAGGGCGCGGUCAAGGCUGUGGCCUUGGGAUUGCCGGGACUGUUCCUCGUGUACUGGAAGGGCAAGGCCAUUCGCGAGUACAUUCGCAGCACACCCAACCCAAUCGCAACACUCUCAGCACUCUUUCUACCCAAGCAGGUGGCUCCCCAGAUGGCCGUCUUUUCAGGCGCAGGCCCAGCCGUCAAUCCCGCUGCAGGGUUCUACGACAGCAGCAAGAUCACCAACGCAAUCUUAAAGCCCGACAUCACCGCGCCAGGCGUCUCUCUCCUCGGACCCAUGGCCGCCGGAUCCACCUCUGAGGGAUCCUUCCGCGCGCUUUCCGGGACGUCCAUGGCCGCCCCGCAUAUAGCGGGAAUCGCGGCGCUGCUCAUGCAGAAAUACCCGACUUGGAGCCCCGCGGCGAUCAAAUCCGCGAUGCUAACGACGGCGUAUACGACGAACACGGCGAGGAAGUUUAUCCGGACCGCGAAGGGACAGAUGGCGUCGCCCUGGAAUUACGGAUCUGGGCACGUUUUUCCCGCGAAAGCGCUUGAUCCGGGGUUGGUGUACGAUGUUGGCAUGAUGGGCUAUUUAUCGUUUCUGACGGGGGUUGAUCGAGCGCAAGCAAAGGCGGCGUUUCCGCAGUGGAACGUGGCGCCAAUCCAACCGUUCAAUCUUAACCAGCCGAACAUUUGCGUGCCGAAGCUAAAAAGUACAGUGACGGUGUAUCGAAGUGUGACUAAUGUGAGCGGGAAGCAGUCGAGGUAUUCUGCGACGGUGGUUGCUCCGAAGAAUGUUGCCGUGACGGUGCGUCCGACGAGCUUCGUGAUUGGGCCGAGUAAAUCGCAGGCGUUCACGGUUACCCUUCGCCCGACUGCUGCGACAAACGCAUUUUCGUUUGGCAGUCUGACGUGGACAGACGGGGUACAUUCAGUGAGGUCGGUGGCGCUUCACCCGUCACUUGGUGAAGCGGCCCAGCUUGGACUUUCAGGGAGCAGCAGGCAAGCGGAACAGCAGUCGAACGGUGCAGCAGGCGAGCGGAGUAGCAGACAAGCGGAGCAGCAGGCAAGCGGAGCAGCAGACAAGCGGAGCAGCAGACAAGCGGAGCAGCAGACAAGCGGAGCAGCAGACAAGCGGAGCAGCAGACAAGCGGAGCAGCAGGAGAGGCUCUUUUCGGUUAUGGAUCCUAGUUCUCGCAAAAGCACCCCUGUUGAAACACCGGCACAAGCAGCAGCUUCGGCGGCGACGUCAAUGGCGGCUUCCGCCGUGAGCGCGAGCGCCUCCGAAACCUCCGCCGUAUCUACCGCCGCGGUUUCCUCGGCGCACGGUACAAUCGAGGAGCCGCCUCACAGUCGAACCGCGUCCCCGUGCGCCGCGUGCAAGUUCCUGCGGCGGAAAUGCACGGCGGAGUGCGUCUUUGCACCGUACUUCCCGCCGGACCAGCCGGGGCGGUUCGCGAACGUUCACCGCGUGUUCGGCGCGAGCAACGUCACGCGAAUUCUGGCGGAGCUUCCGCCGGAGCUGCGCGGAGACGCGGCGAAUAGCAUGGCGUAUGAGGCGGAGGCGCGAGUUCAGGACCCGGUUUACGGCUGCGUGAGCGCGAUCUCGUUACUGCAGCAGCACGUCAUUCAUCUGCAAACGGAGCUGCUUGUAGCGCAGCAGGAGCUUUCGGGGCUGCAGCGCGCGCUAGAAGCUUCCGCGCAGGCAGCACAGGCGCAGGCAGCGCAGGCGCAAGCAGUACAGACGCAAGCAGCACAGGCGCAAGCUCAGGCGCAGGCGCAGGCGCUUCACCUUUCCGCUGCAGCUGUGCCCGCGCCAGCCCAGACACCUGUACAAGCCGCCACCGCGAAUUCCCCCUCCGAGUCAGGCAUGACCCAAGGGCCUCCCGCUUACCCCCCAACCCACACAACCGCAACCAACUCCCUCUCUUUCCACGCUGACCCCGCUGUUCCCACUGUCCCCACUGCCCUCUCUGCCCCUGCUGCCCCCGCUGAUGUCUCCUCUGCCCUCUGCGCUCCUGCUCCUCCAGCUGGUAUCCCCACUGCUGCUGCUGCUGCCCCUCCUGCAGCAUGCGCAUCCCAAGCAGCAGCAGCAGCAGCAGCAGCAGCAGCAACAGCUCCAGAUGCCUCUGUUCCACCUUCGUUUGAGUCACAAACGCCACAGCCCACUGGUACUGCAGUUGUUGCCUCGUUACAAGUUGCUCCUGUAUCUGCAUUGCAACCUGCUCCCGUCCCCGUGCUGUAA